AUGGCAGACUCCCCGACCACGGACAAGAUCACAGACAAAAUCGCCGCACUCCCUCAAGAUGCCUCAUACUUCUCCCUCGAAUUCUUUCCCCCCAAGACGGCGAUGGGGUCGACAAACCUCCGGGCGCGUCUCGACCGCAUGUCCCGCGCGCUGCGACCCCUCUUCGUUACUGUGACGUGGGGGGCUGGGGGUUCUACGGCAUCGAGGUCUAUGGAGCUCGCCGAGCUGUGCCAGCGCGACUUGGGACUCACAACAUGCUUGCACUUGACGUGCACGAAUAUGUCUAAGGCGCUCGUGGAUGACGCGCUGAAAGCGGCCAAGGAAGCAGGCAUUCAGAAUAUUUUGGCCCUGCGAGGAGACGAGCCUAGGGGCGAGUAUAAGGACGCGCUUGAGGAGGGGAAGGAGGGCGAGGAGGAGUUCGUCUGGGCUAUUGAUUUGGUGAAAUAUAUUAGGAAGAAGUAUGGCGACUACUUUUGCGUGGGAGUUGCGGCGUAUCCAGAGGGACAUGCGGAUGGCAGCCACCCUACAGAACAGAGCUUAGAGCACGACUUGCCAUACUUGGUCGAUAAAGUACAAGCAGGCGCAGACUUUAUCAUGACACAGCUAUUUUAUGAUGUUGAUGCGUACGAUAACUUUGAGAAGGUUCUGAGGGGCCACUCAAGUGGUGCCUUCAAGACCAUCCCAAUUAUUCCUGGCUUGAUGCCAAUCCAGAGCUACCAAAUCCUCCGCCGAACAACGAAGCUUAGCAACGCAAAGCUCCCGGAGAGCAUCAUAGAUAGGUUGGAUGCUGUGCGCACCGACGACGAGAUGGUUAAGAAAGUAGGCGUGGAUAUCCUUGCCGAAAUCGUCGAGUCCGUCAAGGCCACCAAACAACGCACGAAAGGUCCAAAGGGCUUUCACUUCUACACUCUGAACCUGGAGAAAGCUGUGGCUUUCAUUCUCGAGCGCGCAAACCUUAUCCCAUCGUUCACGCCUGUCCUCACCUCAGAUGCGUUUGCCGUUGAUGACAUCACCGACACCAUCCCUCUACCGCAAUUAUUGAUUAAUGGAGAGAAGAAGAGCAGGAGACAAUCAAGUGUUGGUUCCGGCCCGCAUAAUUUUGUCAUCAUUGACAGGGAAGAGGCAUCUGGGUUCGAGACUACAGGAGCUGAGGCUGCAGUUCCGAAGAAUGGCGUCAACACACGUGCCAACACCCUCGCAAUUUCAGAAGGCGAAGGUGCGCUUGGUAGAGAAGCAACCUGGGACGACUUCCCCAACGGCCGCUGGGGUGACGCUCGCUCCCCCGCAUACGGUGAAAUCGACGGCUACGGGCCUACCCUUCACACCUCCCCCGCCGAAGCCCUCGCUCUAUGGAACCACCCCACUUCGCGCCCCGACAUAACCUCCAUCUUCGUGCAGUACAUUAACGGAACCCUCUCCGCACUCCCAUGGAGCGACGAACCCAUCACCGCCGAGACCAACCUCAUCAAAGACGAGCUCGUCAAGCUCAACCAGAAGGGCUGGUGGACCAUCGCCUCCCAACCCGCCGUCAACGGCGCGCACAGCCAGGACGAAGUCGUAGGCUGGGGACCUAAGGGUGGCUGGGUAUUCCAGAAGGCGUUUGUGGAGCUGUUCGUGCCGACUCCGGACUGGGCGCGCUUGAAGCCUCUGCUCGAGGGCAACGGGGAAGUCAGCUUCCUCGCACAGAGCGCUUCGGGCGAGUUCCUGAAGUCGAAGUUGGACCUCGGCCCCGGCGAGGAGGGCACUGAAACUAAUGCGGUGACGUGGGGUGUGUUCCCUGGCAAAGAGAUUGUGAGCCCAACUAUUGUGGAGGAGGUUAGCUUCCGCGCGUGGGCUGAGGAGGCGUGGCAGAUGUGGGGCGAGUGGGCUGCGGUGUUUGGGAAUAGUGGGGAGGAGAGCCGGAGGUUUUUGGGUGGGGUGGCUAAGGAUGGGUGGUUGGUUAAUGUUAUUUGGCAUGAUUUCGUGGGGAUGUGUAAAGCUAAAAAAGGGAGAUCUGAGGAGGAGGGGUAUAAGGGGCUUUGGGAUGUGUUAAUUGAAGCAUAA